AUGGGUGCGGCGCGCGGGCUUGCGCACCUUCACGAGUGCAGCCCACGCCGGUUUGUCCAUGGCGAGGUCAAGCCCUCCAACAUCCUGCUGGAUGUCGACUACAACGCGCUUGUCGCCGACUUCGGCCUCACUCGCCUCCUCACCAUCGCCGGCUGCACCGACGUUUACUCCGUGGCGGGGUCCGGCGGCAUCAUGGGCGGCGCGCUACCGUAUGCUAGGCCCACCGCUCUAAUGGACAAGUCCAGUGCAUAUCGCGCCCCUGAGGCACACGCGCUGGGGGGCUCACAACCGCCGAGCCAGAAGUCCGACGUGUACUCGUUCGGCGUCCUGCUACUGGAGUUGCUCACGGGGAAGUCGCCAGAGCAUGCCUCACCGUCUGUAUCGUCCUCGUCGGUGCCAUCCCUGCUGGGUCACAAUGGGCAGCGGGAGCUAGAGCAACAAGCUCCGGAGCUCGUGAGGUGGGUGCGGCAGGGGUUCGAGGACGUGCGGCCGCUAUCGGAGUUGGCUGAUGCCACUUUCCUGAGGGACGCCACUGCACGGAAGGAGGUUGUCGCGGCGUUCCAUGUCGCGCUAGGGUGCGUUGAGGCAGACCCAGAGCGCCGACCACGGAUGAAGGCCGUGUCCGAGAGCCUUGACAAGAUUGGGGCUUGA